AUGGCUCCACCUGUCCUCGUUCUCACCGGCGCGUCGCGCGGCAUCGGCCUCGCCAUCGCACGCACGUUGCUCACUGUCCACGGUGCCCGCGUCGCGACCCUCCAGCGCACCAUCACCCCAGAACUCGAAGCCCUCAAGCAGCAGUUCCCCGACUCGCUCCUCACCCUCAAGGGUGACGUUGCCGUCCCACAAGACAAUGCUGCUGUCGUAGACGCUGCCGUCAAGCAGUGGGGCACGCUCAACGGCCUCGUUCUCAAUGCAGGCUCCCUCGAGCCAAUGGGCAAGCUCGCCGACGUGCCCCUCACCUCGCUCGUCCCGUCGCUCGAGACCAACCUCCUGGCCGCCAUCUACCUCCUCCAGCCUGCGCUCCCGCACCUGCGCGCCAGCGCGGCUCCCGGUGCUCCCUCGCGCGUCAUCUUUGUGUCCUCGGGCGCGAGCACGGGCGCGUACCAGGCCUGGGGGAUGUACUCGCUGGCCAAGGCCGGCCUCAACUCGCUCGCGCGCACGUUUGCCGUCGAGGAAAAGGACGCCGGCGUCGCCUUCCUCUCCGUCCGUCCCGGUGUCGUGGAUACUGAAAUGCAGCGCGAGAUCCGCACCGUCGGCCCCGCGGUCAUGAAGCCCAACGACAUGGCCAAGUUCAACCAGCUGCACGAGGGCGGCCAGCUCCUCCCGCCCGACGCCUGUGGCAGCGUCAUUGCAGGCUGUGCCGUCGGCAUCGACCUGGCUAUCAGUGGUGAGUAUGUCGACUGGGCCGACGAGAGGUUCGCCCAGUGGAGGAAGCAGUAG